AUGAUUGUGAUACUGGAGCGGCUAGUUUCUACAGGAGCAAACAACAUCUGGUAUUUCGAUAAAGAAACGGUGCAAGUGAUGUUUGUCGUCUUCGCUCAAGGUCAUCUACCGAUAACGACGAUGUAUCUUUCACGUCUUGCAAUAUCUGCGUUACAAGAUCCGCAGACCGCCCCUCGCACCUGGGUAGAGCUCUUCUGGCUUGCAGACCGAGAUUGGCAGAAUCCCUUCCCCUUUGCAGUUAGGACAAUUACAAUGGUGAAGAAACGCUUUCGCCCUUCCUCUACGUUCCUCGUCUUUUUCAUUAUCUCCUUCGUGGCUUUGAUUACACCAGUUUCCUUCUCCCGUGCAUGGUCUUCCCAGCUGCUUUCGAGACUGGUAUCAGGCACAACUUUCGCCAAUUCCACCUCCCUGGCGUUACUCCCACAAGUCAGAGGCAGCUCGCAGCUGUCCAACGGAUCCUUGAUGUGGUUCAAUGGGUUGUGGACAGGAGACUACUAUGACGCUGAUGCAGGGCUGGAUUUCUUCUCCGGCGGCUCCGAGCCGAUCGUCAAUCUGAAUGUUACCUCCAUGCCUGGUAUCUUAUUUACAGAUCAAGGAUGUGACGCUCAAAAAGGGAGUGGUGGAUGGUCUGAAGAGGAUCUUGAAAAUAUGUGCGAUGAUCUGAAGCCAGGCGCUACUAUUCAGAAAUCGGAUCUAGCCUCUUCGAGCGGCGUCAUAACUCUGCACAUAGCUUGGUGCAGCAGCUUCUAUGCCAACUCCACCUAUAAUACCGCGUGGAUGCAAGAGGCAAAUCAGUCAGAUGUAACAGCUUUUCUCGGAAUCAAGGUUUCCUUCACAGGUUCAAGCUCUGCUUCGAUUCCGGACGGUAUCAUCUACUGCGACACCUCGUUUCAGACAGGUACCUCGGAUAUUAUAAUUGUGGACGACGACUCGGAGUGGCCAAGCUUCAUGAACUUCCAACCGCAUGCAGUUCCUAACAUCACGGUUUCUCAAUCACGCCAUGCCGAUGUGUCGUAUCACCCACUCUAUGCCGUGUUGUACUACAUGACAUUGCAGUCGAACAACCCAGGGCCCACCGUGGAUAGCAUCCUGGAAGCUCUGGGCUUUGACACGAAUGCCGAUAAGCCACCCACUAUAUCAGAGUUCGCGCUAAAUCUUGGUUGGGGUGCAGCCUUCAUGGCCAAUAGUCUCUCUUCUCUCGCCCAAGAAUCCACGAAUCUCACCUAUACGCGACUCGAGUAUCUGGGUGAGGUGACAUGGAAAAAGAAUACCCCAUACACUACACUGACGUCGACAUUCCUGUGCAUGUGGUUUGUCUUGAUUGUCUACAGCACGUUCCGCAUGCACAAACCGACGUUUAGCGAUAAUCUGAAUAGUUACACCGCCGCACGGCUUCUUGCCGACAAGCCGGAACUUGUCAAAGGAUAUUGCUGUGGAGGACUCGCGAACAAUCCUCUCCUCUUCCAAAAAUUCGGCCAAGUCGUCGACGUAGUGACGGCCGACUCGACACCUAACAUCGGGCACGUAGGUGUGGAGAAGAGCGAGUCCACGGUGCAACCGCUUAGUCGUGGCCGUCUAUAUGGAUGCGCAAAUUGCCCACUGGCCCCCGCUUCCGUUGUCGAUUCCACAUCGCGCAACGAUAACAACACGACCCGUGAUAACUCCAACAUGACGGAGUCAGGUAUCCUCAUGAUUACCUGGCCGGGUGGUUUGCGCAACAACGACCUUCAGACCAUAUCCUCCAUCGUCCUUGGUCACGUGCCGGGUUUUGACCACGGGCGAACCCUGGCAGUAGCGGUCAACGAUAAAGUCCGUCUUACCAUGCCAACUGUAGAGCACGCUCGUCAGUUUGUCGACGAGUGGCUCAAUAAGCCGCGUCCCUUGGGUCUGGAGGACGUCGCUGUCGAGUGCCUGAACAUCUCCGAGGCGUUGGCAUAG